CCCUCACCAUUUGUCCGUUAACGCCUCCGAGUUAGCUUGACCUGCAGACAUCAUCGCGGUGUUGCAAGGACUCAUUGUUGCCGUUUUCCCUUCCAAGUAUACAGCGAUCAUAGCGUAGGAAACACUAAAAGCGUUGUGUGCGUAGUGAGAUCGGGUGUAGGGUGAUCGCUUCUCCGCGAGCAUGCAAGUUCGGAACACUGUCCCGAAUGGCGCAACACGCAAGCCAGUAAUUGCAAGACAAGUUAGACAGCGACUUUGUGCUCCUUUGCCUAACAAGACUACGAUCAGCCGCGUAGCUGCCCGCAGCGCGGCAGAUGAUGUCCUCACUGCUGACGUGGUCAUCGUGGGCGGUGGCAUUGUGGGCCUGCUAGCUGCCCAGGAGCUGCUCAACCAAAAGCUCAGCGUGGCGCUGCUGGAGCGCAAGGGACUCUGCGCGGGAGCCACGGGCGCAGGCCAGGGCUACCUCUGGAUGGCGCACCGCAGCCCGGGCAGUGUGGGCUGGGCGCUGGCGGCUCGCUCCAUGGCGCUGUGGCGCAAGAUGUUGGAGGCGGAGCCGGGGCUGCGGGGCCCGCUGGAGUGGCAGGACUGCGGCUCACUGCUGCUGUCCACCUCCGCCGCCGAGUCCGCCGCCCUGUCGGAGCGGCAGCUGGCGCUCAACGCGGUGGGGCUGCGCGCCACCUACCUGGACGGGGGGCGGCUGGCGGGCGAGGAGCGGGCACUGCGGCUGCCCGGGGCCGGCGGGGGGGCGGGGCUGCGGGUGGACAGCGACACGCAGAUUAACGGUCGUGCCACCGCGCACCUGCUGCUGGAGCGCUGCCGCCGCCAGCCAGGCUUCACGGCGCUUGUGGGGCCGGAGGAGGGGCAGGUGACGCGGGUGGAACUGGCGGGCGCGUGCAGCAGCAGCGGGACGGCGGGCGGACAAGAAGGAGGAGGAGGAGGAGCGGAGGGAGGAGCGGGUCAUGUGGUGCUCACGCCGCGUAGGAGAAUCCACGCCCGCCGCGCGCUGGUGUUGGCUGCCGGCGUAUGGAGCGGCGGGCUGCUGGCGGCCGCCACCGGGCAGCCCGGCUGGGCCCACCUGCUGCAGCCGCGCAGAGGGCACCUGCUGGAGCUACCGCGGCCGGAACACAUGCCGCCUGUCGUACAUGGCAUGAUGGAGAUGUCGUACACAAAGCACUACGCCACCUCCUCAACCGCCGCACCCCAUGCUGCCUCCUCCGCCUCCGCCUCCUCCCCUUCCUCGGCUGUUGCCUCCGCCCCCUCGGAAGCCGAGGUGGACAUCACCUUCACCGCCACCACCAGCGCCAGCGGAUCCCUGCUGAUAGGCAGCAGUCGGGAGUUUAGCGGCUGGGAUGCGACGCCCUCUCCCGCCAUCGUAGCCGCCAUCCUGCAGCGAUCCGCGCUCUUCUUGCCGCACCUGCAGCCUGCAGCGGAGGCGGCUGCUGCGGAGGCGGCGGCAGCAGCAGAGACCGCCGCCAGCAGCACCAGCAGCAGUUCCAGCAGCGAUGGUGCUGGCUUUCAGAGUGUUGUCAGCGACAGCAGCAGCAGCAGCAGCAGUGGUGGUGGUGCGGGGCCGCUGGCCGGGUUGUCGGUGCGAGUGGGGCUGCGGCCGUAUGCGGUGGGCGGGUUGCCGCUGGUGGGGCCCGUGGAGGGAGCGCCGGGUCUGUUCGUGGCUGCGGGUCACGAGGGCUCGGGGCUGUGUCUGGGCCCGGGCACCGCAGAGCUGCUGUCACGCCACAUCCGCAAGCACGUUGGGGGCAGCGGCGUGUUGGACACUCGGAGCUUCGAUGAGCUGCUUCCGGAUGUGCGUCGGAGGGCUGCUGCUGCUGCUGCUGCUGGUGGUGCCGGUGGUGUAUAAGUGUUUGGGCCGAUUCGGACGUGGUGAGAGGCAGGCAUACGGCACCGCAUUGGAGUUGUGUUUGCAGCCCCUUUAGGCGUUGGUCGACGUAAGGAGAGUGUGGGUGUGUUGGGGAAGGGACUAAUGGACCGCCAAGGUCUGCUGACCUCAAAGGUAUUGCUAUGUUUGUAUCAACUCCUUUUUUGCAUCAUUUUUCGCUAGGCUUGAGAAGGUGUUAGGCAAAGGCAAAAGCAAGCACAGUAACUAGGGCUGGAAACUUUCACCGUAAUAGGAAUUUGGUACCGUAAUUACGGUACCGUAAUUACGCAAAAUCGUAAUACCGUAAACCGUAACGUUCCAGCCCUAACAGUAACGCAUCUGGAGAGGUAGGCAUGGUGUGGUCGGGUGUUAGGAAGCACUGAUACUGUGGUACGACGUGUACGAUGUGCCACCAUGCCGUCGCGCCACCAGCCGUUCGUAGCGUCUAUUGUGCUUGGCAC